UCAGUAGUUAUUAGGAUGUCAUCAAAACAAGAAGAAAAUUGCCAGAGAAUGUUGUACGCCGUCAUGAAAAAUCAGACGCGACCGUGAGAUUGAUCAGAAGACAACUGGGAAUCACCCAUACAACUGUGUCUCGGGUGGUAAGAUCGGCAAGGAGCCCCUGACGGGCGGCGGGCUGGUAACGGAAGAAAAUCGAAAACAGCUGACUCUGUGAAGACCCGGAAGGUGUUGGAUUAAUUCAAACCUAAUUCGAACUUUUCGACUCGCGACGUGGGUUUCGUGUAAUCAAGGUCCGAAAGCAGCGAACCGGCAUGAUCAACAAAACACGGCGGUCAAAUCCCGCGCAAGGAAGCUGUAUCGAGAGUGGUUAACAAAACCGCUGUGUGUGAUUAUGGAUGACGAACUCUACAUCAAGGCAGACGCAAAACAGUUACCAGGGCUGGAGUUCUACGUUGCCGAAUCCCGGUUUGAAGAAAAAAAUGGACUAAUUCGCCAAAAAAUACUGGCUCUGGAAUAUCGGGUACCAUCAACUGCGAAAGUGCCUUCAGAAGCGUCUGUUGCCCUUCCUGUGGACCCACGGAGGAAAAUGGGUUGGUGGAUUAUUAUUACAAAGUAAAAGUAGGAUGAUCCUGUGUGAUAGAAAUGUUUUUCUUGACUAAAGUUGAAAACAAAGACUGUCACUAAUCAGCAACGCGUCGCGUCAAAUCGUGGAAAAUUCAGAGCGCCUCAAAAACGCGACGUCAGAGUAGGAGCAAAAUAACCAGUUCUGAAUGCAGUGCUAAAAUCGCUACCGAACGCUGUUGUUCCGGUGCCGGUGGUUGUACCCGGUGUUGCUGCUGCUGUUGCUGCGGUGGAUGUUGCGACGAUUCGCGGAAGCAACGCCGCAAACAGCCAGUGGUCAGUGGUUCUGGCCACCGGAGGACGCACAGUGUCGGUGGUGGUAGUCUUACUAUGGAAACGACGCACCUGGUGACGGAAUUCAUCACGCAUACAGGUGCCAACGCACAGGACGCCGUCAGUUGUCUCAAGUCGUGGGAGUGGGAUCUGAAGAAGGCACUCAUCGAUUACAAUGACACAUCAACGACCGAGUACUUUAACAGCAAGCAAAGCGACAAUGAGAUAGUAAUGAAAGCACAAACCAGUACAUCACCUGCACCACUCUCAUCGCUGGUGACUACAGGCACCACGUCAGUCCUGCUGCAACAACACCAGCCACAGAAACAACAGCAGCAGCAGCAAUCGGCAUCCGCCAGUUGUUCGUCAUAUAGUAACCAACCUUCAUUAUUACCGCACGCCAAUAACGGCUCUGUCGGUUUCCAUCUGAACCAUAAACACCAACCAGUAGGGCCCCGAUCCAGCAACAAUAGCAAUACCAGCAGUAGUGGCGGCGGAUACGAUUACGGAUCAUCAGCUAGCCAUCGCCAUCUUCCGGUCGUAGUUGGCCACAAUCGCAAUGGAACAACCGGUCUGCUGAAACCAAUGCUCACCAAAACAGACUCGAUAGACGUUUUCGACUGCAAAAAACUGGAACGAGGCAUCUCGCGGGCGACAGAAAAUGUAAACCUGGUGUCCCGAGCUCGGCAGGAGUUUGAGAUGGACUUUCACACCCACUGCCACGAGCAGAAUGAGAAGAAUCUAAACUUUAUCGAUACUCCAGACUACACCUUCACGCUACCGGACCUGACAAAAUACUCGGAGGAAUUUCGGAAAUUUCUCGAAAAAGACCUUAUCGAAAGUUCUACGCUUAACUCACUCGAAGCAACCAAUCGGUUGAAUUGGUGGUACGAUUCAGGUGUUUGUCGGAAGUUGUGGCCGCUUGCUACCACCGGUGAUGGCAACUGCCUGCUGCACGCCGCAUCACUUUCGAUGUGGGGUUUCCACGACCGGCGGCUUACGUUGCGCCGUACUCUACACGACAUUCUCUCGAAGGAGGAAUUCCGGGACGCCCUGUACCGGCGAUGGCGUUUCCAGCAGACCCGUCUCAACCGGCAGGCAGGGUUCGUGUUCUGCGAAACCGAGUGGGCCAAGGAGUGGGAGGAGAUAGUAGCGAUCGCUUCACCAGAACCGCGACGCAAUUCGAAGGCAGCCUCUCGGCGGCGAUCGUUGCUGAUCGAGAAGAUUCAGGAUGUCGGCGGUGGCGCAUCAUCACUGGACGAUGAAAGUGCUACAUAUGAGAGCUUAGAGGAGAUACAUGUGCUUGCCUUGGCACAUAUUUUACGCCGUACGAUCAUUGUGGUGUCGGAUGUUUUCUUGCGGGACAUGAACGGCGAAGCAUUUUCGCCGAUUCCUUUUGGUGGAGUCUACUUACCGUUCGAAGUUCCGUCAAACGAGUGCCAUAGGGCGCCACUAUUGUUGGCAUACGAUAUGGCGCAUUUCUCCGCUCUGGUCGCUAUGGAAACAGCUGGAGACUAUCCACCGGCAUUGAUACCACUGGUUGAUGCUAGCAAUCAGUUAUUACCGAUACAAUUUUGUAUCGAUCCUGGACCGGAUUUCGUUUGGCGGGAGUAUGAUGGAAGCGAUGGUAAUUGGGUGUUAACUGAUAGAGAGCACGUCGCCCUACUGAAGGAGUAUUUGGAUAUUGUGUAUGCACCCGCGGCAGAUAGCAGUCCUGACGAUGAUAUAUACGAUGACUAUUCCGAUGAGGAGUACGAGAAAAAAAUAGCUGAUGGGGAGAUUGUCUUCUCCGACGAGAAUCACAACAGUGGGAUGAACUCCACCAAUCUAGCGGCGAUGAGUGCAUCAAAUCAAUCCCUGCCUCCGUUCCCGCCUGGUUCACAGAGUGGCAGCGGCAGCAGUUCCAGUGGGAAGAGCAAAGCAGCAAAGCAGCUUCAAAGUGUUGCCAAACAAUUCGGAAGCAUCGGAAAGAGUAUGAGCAAAAAAUUAAAGAAGAAUAUCGGAUCGAUAACAAGAAUUGGUAGCAAAAGUGGGCAACAUAAAAAAUCCAGUCUUUCAUCGGAUAAGUCCUCGCGUGGAGAGUAUACAAAAUUCCGGAUUCUCUGUGCUACGCUCAGGGCUCGCCGUCAUGAAUAUCAAGAAGAAAUGAUCAAGAAUUACUUAGAGUGUGCUCAAGAACGAUUUUUAGAAAUGGAACGAGUGAGGGAGCGUAAAGAGCUGGAAAAGUUGAGCAAAUUUGUUGAUCCUGGGCAGGAUGUUUGUGACUACAGUGGAGCAGCGGACCACGGAACGGAGUUGGUUAAUUGUAUCAAUGCGGGUUGUCUGAACUAUGGCACUGUUGCUACCAGCUACAUGUGUUUAGAAUGUUAUGAAACUCAGCGACAACGAGAAUCUCAAUCAUGCAAUGCCACUGACUACAUGCCACGAUACGGUACAGGAAAAUCUAAGUUUUAUACUCAAGCAGAUAUGGAAAGCCAUGAUCGGAUUCAACGCUUACCAUCUGUGCGACGUUUGAACGAACUGGAUCAGACAUUAUACUUGUCCCGUUCCACGUUCUAUAACGACAAACGAGCACAGCCAAUUAGCACUUCCGCUGGGCAAUCUUCUUCCAAUUAUCGGCAUGGAUUCAGUCCUACGGAACGAACUCCAGCACCGCUUGUCGCAAAAAGUAAUCCUACUCCAGACUACUCCAACUGUGCCAAACAGGCCACGGCUACUUCGGGUGGAAUAGUCGCUACGCUCUAUUCACCGGGAAAUACCGUCAUGAAUCGAGGGCCAUCUAGUGGAAUGUGCGUAUCGCUUCCACCCGUUUCAGCGGUUAGUCCCGUGCUCCAACACCAACCGCAGCAACUUCCCAGUGCAUCUUCCUCGUCCGGAAUGUCAUCGUCCUCAUCUUCUGGAUCAAACACUUCGGAAACAACGCUACAACAGCGACAGCAGCAGCCGCCGCCGCCAGCGUUAACCAGUAGCCACUAUGGUAAGAAUCAGAUGUGCCGUACCGAAGGUUGCAAGUUCUACGGAAGCAUCAAUACGAAUUUCUACUGCUCCAAAUGCUGUCAGGAGUAUAAUAUUUAGAGUCAAUCGAGCUGUUAUCAUAUUCACAAGUUUUGCAUUCAACCAGGUAAAUGAGAGUGGAAAGAUAGAGAGAUUGUAGUUACACACCGAACGCACGCGUACAAAAUUGUACAAACUGUUUCUUAUUUGCGUGCCGACGUACAAUCAAAUGAUGUUUUUUUUUCCUGGAAUUUGUUACUAUUUCGUUAGAGUACUAUGCGGAUGUUGUUUUGUUGAUAUAACAGAACGGCGUUUGGAAACAGACCACAAUACGACGGUGAAAAAUAUUCUCGUUACUUGAUAGUGUUAUGAUGAGUAACGAAUUGAUAAAAAAUUGUCUAAAUCUUUUUAUGGUGGAAAAAAUUUAACACACCAGUUUAAUCUAAACUUUGAAUUAACCAAUCUGGCUUGGGGUGAAAGUCAGAGCUCUUUGAUAAUAGAUUACAUGCUGAAAGAGAUUUCUCUUUGAAGAUUUUCCAUAAUAAACAUUGUUGUUAUCAAAAAAAAAAAGGUUCUACGUUGCUGCGAUAUUGAAAAGAGUAACAAAAUUGUGCUGUCGUUGGUAAACCUUGCGAAUCCAUUAUUUCCGAACGAAUGGCCGCUGUUGGCUAUGAUUAUAAGAAUGAUUUUCAAUGCAUCGUUCUAAUUUGAAUGAUGUACUUUUGCUUGAUGAAUAAUAGAGCCUUAUACCUAAGCUCAGCCUCUGUUCUUAGUUCCGUUCAAGUUUAAACUGUUGAUCGCGGCAAACCGUAACACGGAUUAAUCGUUUGUUAAAAAACGAUGGUUUAUGACUAUUUCAAUUCUGUCAUCAAGCUUUCCGAUCAAAUGUGGAUCAGAGCAUUCGUUUCAGAUCGUUUGUUAUUGUUUGAUACUGAUGACAACUGAUGACUAUUGGUUCAAUGCUAAGAGAUAGAUUAUUGAUGUACAUGUAAAUUGAAGUAUCUAUCUCAUGCUGCAUUAUUACAUAUUAUAGAUUUUUGGUAAUGCCAUCUAACCAAAAUUUGUGGGUCUGUUUUCUAAUGCUCGUAACGGUUUCCAUAGAACAAGGUUACAUUCACCAACCCUAAAACGUUUACGCUAUCCCUGUAAUUUGUUAAACUAUGCUUAAUAUAAAAUGACAUGAUUUUACGCCGAGUCUCGAUCGAUAAAUAAAUUGAAGAACAGGAACUGGUUUCAGCUAUACUUCAUUUAAUCAUGGUCGUUGAAUAUCAGAGAUCAAAUAGACGUAUUUCUAUCCAGUGUUACAAACCUGUGUGUUAUGCCUUGUACAGUUAUUAUACGACAGAAAUCUGUUGAAACCAAAGCGCUGAUAUAAAACUACUAUGCUUCCGGAAAAGCUUCUUCAAAGUCAUAGUAACCAACGCCAGUCUAAACGAUGUAAAACAUAUCUUGAACUGUGUUGAAAAAAUCAUCAAAUAAAAAUAAACGCUUCGAUGCUUGAAAGGACAAAAUUAUACGUGAAUAUUUGUAAGCCAAAACCAAACUAAACACAGCAGAUGAUAUAAACUCUACAAGAAAAAAGCCCAGAUGUGUGUAUGUGUGCGUACGUUGGGGAUGCUCUCCACAAUACAGAAUGACAAAAAUUGGUCCCAAGGAGUGUGAAACGACGGUUAUGAUUUUUAAGUGUGCCUUUUAGUUUCUAAUUUGACGUGUUUACUAGCGUAGUAAGAUGUAAGAUAACAGAAGCGAUUUAACCAAAACAGCCAAAAACGAAAUCAAUGUUCGAAGCGAAGGUGUCUUUUCGACUAUAUAGUAGGUGUUAUCUAUUUUGAGACCGGUUGCCCUUGAAAAGACCAACAAACAAACCAGUAAACGCUAUUUUCAUCAAAAUCCAAACUAGUCGCCCAGAUUCCGUUGUGCGAGCAAUCCAACUAAGAGGUUAAGAUUUCAGCUUUAAGUUUAAACUGAUUCCUAACUAAAAUCUGUUAAUUUGCUGAUGAACGAACGCUUGUUAAAAAAAACCGAUUUCGUUAGCCAUAGCAGCAGGAGAGAUUACAUCACAGAGCACGGCCCCAGAUAUGUAGAAUCCCCUGUAACGAUAAACGACUCAAACAGAAAUAAUAUUUUCAGCUAGCGCGAUGUGUUUUAAAAUGCAAUCUAACAAUAACAGGAAACAUAGAAAAGAUCAGAUGUAGCAAAUGUAGAGGUAGAACGUGAGAAGAGAGAAAACUUCUGUAUGAUAUAUAGAAUGAUAUAGAAUAGAAUCAGUAAGUGAUACUAGGGAAAGCAGAGAAAAGCGUAAAUUAUACAAACAUACUAUAUUUAUUGUAUUUCAGCGAAAAGAAAUCAAAGAUGACAAAAAAUAGUGUAUAAGAAAGAAGAGAAAACAAAAUACAGGAGCGAAUGAAUCCCUUGUUGAGCUACCAAAUACUAAAAAAAGAAGCCGAUUGAGAGACGAUGUGAUAUUGAUUAAAAACAUAACACAAGAGAAUGGU